AUGGCUACGCACCACACGAUAAACUCGUACGCGAGAAAUGACAGUUACGUGAUUCCGGGAGUGUACGAUAUCGAACAGGAUGAUGUGUCGUGGAUUAUGGUGGCAUCCAUUAUUAUAUUUUCAAUGCAGACGGGCUUCGGUUUACUUGAAUCGGGAAUCGUAUCACGAAAGAACGAAGUGAACAUUAUGAUGAAAAAUAUUGUAGACGUUGUUUUGGGUGGAUUUACGUAUUGGUUGUUCGGAUAUGGACUAUCGUACGGUCGAAGUAAUUACACGACACCGUUUAUUGCUUUCGGAGACUUCAUGGUCGAUCCUGAAGUUAACAAUCCACUCAUGGGACAAAUUUUCACUUCCUUCUUCUUUCAAUUAUCGUUCGCGACAACAGCAACGACAAUUUUGUCGGGAACAGUGGCUGAGAGAAUAAAUUUUCAUGCUUAUUGUCUCUUUUCACUUAUCAAUACUGUCGUUUAUUGUAUUCCAGCUGGUUGGGUGUGGGGUGAACAUGGAUUUCUCAAGACAAUGGGUGUCGUUGAUAUAGCUGGCAGUGGCCCAGUUCAUUUAUUGGGUGGUGCCUCGGCUCUCGCAGCUGGAAUAAUGCUUGGGCCGCGUGUUAAUCGAUACGAUAAAGAAGCAAAUGAUCCACCACCAAUGGGAAAUCCAAUUAAUGCCUGUGUGGGACUCUUCUUCCUUUGGUGGGGUUGGCUCGCUUUCAAUUCAGGUUCAACUUAUGGCUUAAGCGAUACGAAAUGGGAAUACGCUGCUAGAAGUGCUUUUAUGACAAUUCUAGCCUCAUUUGGAGGCGGUUCGUAUGCAUUGAUACACUCGCUAAUAAAACAGAAAGGAAAAUUGGAUCCAUCAGAUCUCAUUAAUGGCAUUCUGGGGUCUCUCGUAGGCAUAACUGCUGGGUGCUUUUUAUUUCGUGCCUGGGAAUCAAUAUUGGUCGGUGUAAUUGGUUCAAUUUUGACGCUCACUUCGCUGCCACUUUUCGAUAAAUUGCGUAUAGAUGAUCCUGUUGGUGCGAUUGCUGUUCAUGGUGUGUCAGGCAUUUGGGGCGUUCUUGCUGUUGGUUUGUUUGCCGAUGAUACGCAUCUUGGAUCAACUAGUGGCCGUUUGGGAGUGUUGAAAGGAGGGGGAUGGUAUUUGUUAGGAGUUCAAUCGCUUGCUGUAAUUUGUAUUGUAUUUUGGGCAACCUCAUCUACAUUCCUGUUGCUUUGGAUUGUCAACAAAAUCACCCCUCUCCGAAUGGAUCCCAAAGAUGAAUUACUUGGUGCAGAUUACACGGAACACAAUAUUAUGUCAUCGCCUGUAGCAAAGGAAACGACCACAAAUUCAUCUUCAUCUAAUGGAAGAAAUGAUGAAAGUCAAAUUUCCCAAAGGUUUCGAUUACCGCAAUCGGAUGAUAGAAGACUAACUGGUGUUUACAGAAAUUAUUUCAACGAUGAAUUGUCUUCUGAAAGAUCAAAAGCCCCAAUGCGUGAAAAUCCCGCUUUCAUAAAUGAUGAAGGAGUUUGA